CUGCCACUCCAGAUCAGACUGAGGGCCUAUCCACACUUGGUCAAUCCCUGAGUGACCAGCACCAGCUUCUCCAGAGGAUGCUGCAGGCAAUCACAAAUGGGCUUUCUCCUCCAUUCGUUUAAAGGGAAGGGCUGGACCAACUCCUGUUUACCUGCUUGUACUGGACAAACUAGGAAAUGCGAAUCCAGGGGGUCUGUCAGAACAAACCCAGAAGAUGAGAGAAUAACUUAGAGGAAAAGCUCCUUACAGUAUCUUCCAGGAUGCAGCUGGGCUGGUCUUACUCCUUUUCUUAGGUCUCUGCUGGGCACAGGUAUGCCAGUGAGAAAUGGCCCCGGGCACACUAGCAAUCAUGCAUGCUUGUUGUAGGUACUGCCCAGAACCCGCUGCCCAACAGAGAGAAGAAAGCGGUGGAGAGCAGUGGGUGCAGCAAGAGAUGCCUAUGGCUAGAGCCAGCCCCAGCCGCUGGCCCCGCUCUCCUGCCUGCUUUGUGCUCCUUGGCAGAACGGGGCCCUGUACUCGGUCCAAGAGAAGGAAGCGUCUCUGGCCCCGGAAGCCCAGCACUGGGGCAUCGUUUGUUUGCGUGCAGCUGGAAUCACUGAGAACCAUGCAGCCAUUUCCUCGCCGGGGGCUGAAUCUUCCCCUCUGUCCCCUCGUGCGUGCAAGGGGAAUGGAACUGGUGGGCGGGGGGAGGUGUAGUCUAGCUGGAGACCCAGGGAGGCAGAACCCCCCUUGGAGCAGGCUGUCCACCCAUGGCAGAGGUGGCUGCAGCUCCGCUUGGCUUCUCUGGAGGUUUGUCCCCUGCCAGGUUUGCAAGCAAUCUACGUGCCUUGUCAGCACAGAGAUGUCACGCUGUCAAGUAAGAACCUAUUCAGCAGAUUCCAUGCAUACCUGCCCCAUGCGUCUGCUGGGGCACCGAGCUCACACCUGUCAGCUGCCACCUUGGCAGGGCGGAGGCUUAUCACAAGCACCUCAAUCCUGGGAGAAGCCCAGAGCAUGUUUGGGCUCCACUGCCGUCUGCUGGAGAGACCUGCAACAGCUUGGCUGUGUCCUACGCCCUCCACCACUGAUGGUGGAGCAAGCAGCUGGAGCCCAAAAAGGCAAGAGCAUUUUGGGAGCGCAAGGAGUUCUGCGGGGCUGCAGGCUGCAGCACAGCUGGACCGUGAGGAAUGGAUCAGUCAUGUUUACAGCUAACAUUUGCAUCUGGAGCUUCUUCACAACCAUAUUUCAGUGGCCCCGAAGGCUCACAUGCAUGGUGUUGGAGGAAGAGCCCCUUGUACAGGUCUGGCUCCAGUCAACUCGCUGCACAGACACCGCACAGCUGGUGGGAGAACCUGUAAUGCAGUCAGGGGGUCAAAUUCAAACCACGUUUGCACCUCUCGAUGGUAGCAUGGGGAGCCAAAAGCACAUCUUGGAGGCAGAACUGGGCCCAAAAUACUCCACAUGGCAACUCUAAUGAUAAAACUCAGGGCAUGAAAUGGCAGCUGGACUCUGCUACUUUGAAUUCUUAGCAGCAUGUUGGAGGUCUUCAUGUGUUGAGUUGAGCCUGGUGGAGCGCUACCAAGACACUACUGGGCACAUUUAACUCUGGAACUGCAACCACCAUGUGUACAGAAGUUUUAAAAUGUCCCCCCAUCUCAGUGGACCAAAAACAGCCAUUUCUAUUCCCAGAGCUGCUGCCCCCAGUUACAGGAUGAUGCACAUAGGAUGC